UCGUCAAACAAACACCAAAAGAAAACACAUUGUCUCUACUCAUUUCAGUUUCAUUCAUUCCGUGACACAUGAGCCAACAACUACUAUCACGCUCUCUACGACAUUCGCCAUGCUUCUUGCGCUUUCACCACCACCACCAUCCUCCUUCUCCCAAACUUCCACUAUUCCACCACCAAACUCAUCUUCUUCUUCUUCUUCAAACACCAUCCUCAUCACCACAACCCACAAAAACUCGUCGUUUCACAAUCACUGCAUCCCGCGGAAGCCUCCGAAGAGGCCACGUUCCACCACCCAUUACUACCACUACUGCCCAACUCAGAGAUAGAGUUCCUGAGGAAGAAGAACAAGAAGAUUCUUCCCUUAAGAGCCGCAACCAAUUGAAACGUGAAGCUAAACGUGCUGUCAAAUGGGGAAUGGAUUUAGCUUCCUUCUCUUCUCCCCAAAUCAAACGCAUCCUCAGGGUGGUUUCAUUGGACCAGAGUGUUUUCGAAGCUCUUGCGUUGGUUAAGAGAAUGGGACCAGAUAUUCGUGAAGGAAGGCGACGCCAGUUCAAUUACAUAGGAAAAUUGCUACGGGAUGUGGAACCAGAAUUAAUGGAUCGAUUAAUAAAAGCAACAAAGGAUUCUGAUCACAAAGAGCUUCAAGCUUUAACAGGCUUGGGGUCCGAUGAUCCUGAAGAUGAUGAAGAGAACUUGAUAGAAACUGAAGAAGUGGAGGAGGAUGAGGAAUAUAAAUUAUAUGAUGAUAGUCAAGUAACAAGGUGGCUUGAUGGUUUGAUCAGCAAGGACAUUCAAAUCACUAAUGAAGUUUAUUCCGUUCAAGGUGUUGAGUUUGAUCGUCAGGAGUUGAGAAAGCUCGUGCGUAAAGUGCACUUUGCUCAAGAAAUGAAGGCUACUAAUGAAGAAGAGGAGAAAAAAAUUGAGAUAUCGGAGAUUAAGGCUAAGAAGAACCUCACUUGUUUCCUUCGUAUUCUUUCGAAAAAUAUUGCUAAUGAACAUUCUUAAUCAGACAUUGUUUUGGUGUGAUACAUGAUGUUGAAAUAUAUUAUUCUUAAUGAUUUAAAUAGUGGAUGUUUCUGAA